AAUCUGAAAGCAUGCUGUGAUGUGAUAAAUCUGACAGUUUCAAAUUUUCAACUUACAUUAAAUUCAAAAUCGUGAUCCUAAUAUAAAUACAAUGUCCACUCCUAAGGCAGAAAAAGAUUUACACUUACCACUAUCCAGAGUAAAAACUAUAAUGAAAAGCUCACCAGAAGUGGAUGCAGUUGGACCAGAACCUUUAUAUUUAGUAACUAAAGUAACUGAAUUAUUCGUAACGGAUCUAGCGAAGAGGGCAUUUAAAAAUAGCAAAAACAACUUUCUUGAAUACAAACACAUUGCCGAAGUGGUCCAAGAGGACGACACGUUAGAUUUUCUGAGAGAAAUUAUGCCGCGAAAGAUUACAGUGCGGCAGUUUAAAGAAUUAAUGGCUAAAAAGUCAUCACAGGGUGAUGAAUCAGACGAGACAAGUGAGGAAUCCAGUGAUGAAGGUAGCAGUGAGGAGAGUUCAAGUAGCAAUAACCCAGAUCCACAAAAUAGCUAAUAAUAAAUAUCCAUUUAUAGUUAGUAUAAUAUUUCAAUGACAUUUGACAUACACUUGCAGUUUAAAGUUUACUGAGUUGAGUGCAGUGAUAAAAAAUUACUUGUACUUAAGACUACUGCUAAUUAAAAUGAAAGGACAUAAAUGUUGUUAUGAAUUAGAUUGUUAAAAUAUUCUUUUAAAGUACAUGUAAAACAUUGCUUUUUGAAUUUAGCAUGAAAUUGAAUAAUUGAUAUGUCCAUUACAGUGUUAAAUUUAGAAUUUAAAUGUAGUGUAUAAAAAUAAUUUACAUUAGAUGAGUUACUAAUUCUUCAAUAAACUCACUCAUCAGAUAUUCUACCGCAAAACAGCAAUACUUGAUAUUGUUGUGUUCCGGUUUGAAGGGUGAGUGAGCCAGUGUAAUUACAGGCACAAGGGACAUAAAAUCUUAGUUCCCAAGGUUGGUGGCGCAUUGGAUAUGUAAGCGAUGGUUGACAUUUCUUACAAUGCCAAUGUCUAAGAGCGUUGGUGACCACUUACCAUCAGGUGGCCCAUAUGCUCGUCCGCCUUCCUAUUCUAUAAAAAAAAAAAAAACUAAGAUUUAUUUUUCUAAGUAGUGUAAGCGUAAAAUAUUUAUAUUUUUAAAAUUGGAAUUCAAACAGUAAAAUUAUCCAUUAAUUACUAUUAUUCCUAUUCAUUCAUUUCUAGAACAAAAUUGAAUGUUAUUGAUGAAUUGUAUUAAUAAAAUUAAGUUAGAUACAUUAAUGAAUGUUUUGUAGCACCGAUACAUCAUGUCAUUAAUAAUAAGCUUGUUCAUAAUAUUUCAUUAUAAAAAGUCAUUAGUAAUAAUUUAUCAUUUAUGAUUUUUUGAAAACAAAUGAUUUAUUUGUACUUCACUACUAGGUGUUAAGGUUUCGGCCAAGCUCAUCUGUGUAGGUACUACCACUCACUACAUAUUCAACCGCAUUACUUAGUAUCCUUGUGUUCCAGUUUGAAGGGUGAGUGCGCCAGUGUAACUACAGGCACUGGAGACAUUAUAUCUUAGUUCCCAAGGUUGGUGGUGCAUUGACGAUAUAAGGAACGAUUUAUAUUACUCACAGCACCAGUGUAUGGGUGAUGGUGACCAUUUAUUAUCAGGUGGCCCACCCGCCUGCCUGUCUCCUAUUUUAUAAAAAAAUAAAUACUCAAUGUUAAAUUUCUGUUUUAAUAAUGAAAUACAAGCUCAAAUGCUUGGGUAAAAUAUUAUGAUUGACUCCCAAAUAUAAUGAUAUAAAUAAAAUGAGGUACAUACAUAUUGGAUGUGUUAA